UUUUUAAGUUCUUUUUUUAAAAUAAUAAUUUUUAUUUUUCAAUUGAUUGAUCUUUUUCCCUAGUGCUACGUACUAAUACAAUCAAAGAAAUUGUUCCCGUAUUAUUUUGAACUAAAUAUUAUUAACGUAUGUUGAAUCGUGAAAAGGGGCCCAAUUUUAUAAAACCGCACAGGGCCCCCAAUUUCUUUGCCACGCCCCUGGUAGCUAGGAAUGGUCGGACUGGUACAGCCUACUCUUUUGUCACCCCUAAAGAUCUGCCUUAUGUUUUGGAUCUUCAUCUCUUUUUGUCAAAACCCAUUUGGCCCGCCCCGUCCAAGGAGGAGGAGGUUAUAAAUGAUAUGGCCAACGGUGUGACUGUUUAUGGGCGGUUUCCUCAGACUGUUAUAGAUCUUGUUCAAGAUAAAGUUCGGGUUAAUAUUGAUUCAUCUGCAGAUUUAUAUGAUCUGCAGAAGUCUUGUAUUAAUGCAUUUCGUGAGUAUGAAUGGUCGAAUCCUGCACCGUCGUUGGCAUUAAUUCGGAGGGCAGAAGAGUUAUCCGGUGAAGGUUUGCAUCCUAUGUUCAAUGGUGUGUUGCAACGCAAUGAGCUGGGUUGUUUAGCAUGGUAAAAAAACAAAUUUUUUUUUUUUUAGGUGGUAAAAUACAAGUUUAAGUUUUUUAGAUGGUAAUUUUUUUUUUUUCGGUUUUUUGUAGGUGGUAAUUUUUUUUCCUAAAAAUAAAUCUUUUGCUCACGCAGUACAUAUGGACCACCAAGUGGUUAAGCCCUAAUUAAGGCCUAAACAAGCCUUUUUGUGCCUUUGUGGUAGGGUCAUUGCCUAGAAACACAGAGUAAGACAUGGAAUGCUGGUUCACGCAUCAUCCAAUUGGGGUGAAAGCAAACAAAAGGUCUUGCACGUACAAGGUGUACAAUAAAUUUAUUGUACACCAAGAUAACUUUUACCCAUUUUUUUGUAACUUUAACCUAGUUUUAAUUAACUUUUAUAUUAGUAAAAAAAAGUUGAUAGAA